GCCCCCGGGAGCUGGAACCCGAGGCCAAGAAGCUCUGUGUGAAGGGCCCCGGUCCUUUGACACCACAGGGCUUGGGCUUAACCCCUCUCAGGUGAUGGGAAAAGGCAGAUGAGCUUCAUUACAUAAGACACAACGGACUUUUCAAAUUCCUGUUUGUACCAGGAUUUUUACACACUGAGGACUGCUUAAAAUAAUCCUACCUUGCCUGGUGGUGCGUGUGGUGAAUUUCGGUAGUCAUGGUUGCUAGCUGUGUGUCCUUGGUUUCCGCUGUGAGAACCCUCAAUUUCCUUCCUUCCUUCAAAAACUCAUUCUCUGAGGUUUAUUGGGGCUUGAACCUGGAGCUGUAAGGAUGGGGGUGGGGGGGUGGCACAAAACACUGGAGCAGGGAGUUGUUGAUGAAGUUCUUUUUGUCCCUAAGAAAAAGGAAUUGGUUGUCAAGAGGCCGGAUUCACAGAAACCAGAUCCUCAAGUACAUCGUUAUUCCUACUCUAAGUGGAUCUAUCUCCAAAAGUAGCCAAGCCAGACCCUCUGGAUCCUGCUGGUUUCCAAAAGAACAGAUUGGACUUGGGGCAAACAACUGGUCACCUCUACAUUAUUUUAAUAUAGGAUUUAAGGAUACUUCUUUUCCCAGUCACUUCUACUCUGCUAUCCUAAAAUCUUUUUAUUUUAUAUUAUAUGUGAUUUUUAAAUUGCCACCCAACUCUACCUACCAUGAGUUGUCCAACCCACUGGGAAGAGUUCAGUGUAUACUUUAUUCUUGUGUGUUUUUUUGGUCAGUUCUCAGAAACCCUGCAAGGGUUUGUUUUCAUAUUAUUUCAUAUUUAGCUUCACUUCAGAAUUACUAUUUUGGGGGAGUGUUUGGGGCAAGGGGCUGAAUCCCGACUCACUAUUUGUCUUUUGUGCUGGGUGAGACUCAGCAGACCCCGGAAAGGCCUUAGGAGGUAAGGAGAGAGAUUGGCUAUGUCGAAUGAAACAACAAGGCUUUCUUUCUGAGAUUUCAGCAGGAAACCCUUCCGUGCGUGAGAGCAGAGAGGAAAAUAUGUGUCUGUUCUGCUUGGCAGGUUCUAGCAGAAGAUUUGACUCAGGCUGCCUUUGGGCGGGGUUGGCUGGCCUGCAGGUCCCGCCAUUAUGCACCAGCAUCGUCAGGGCCCUCCACCACCAUAAGCUGAGCAAAGCUGCCUGGCCAUCACUACAGCAGGGUCUCCAGCAGUCCUUUUUGCACUCUCUGGCUUCUUACCGGAUAUUCCAGAAGGCUGCCCCUUUUGACAGAAGGGCCACAUCCUUGGCAUGGCACCCAACUCACCCCAGCACCCUGGCUGUGGGUUCCAAAGGGGGAGAUAUCAUGCUCUGGAACUUUGGCAUAAUGGACAAACCCACCUUCAUUAAAGGGAUCGGAGCUGGAGGGAGCGUCACUGGGCUGAAGUUUAACCCUCUUGAUACCAACCAGUUUUUCACCUCCUCAAUGGAGGGAACAACUAGGCUUCAAGACUUUAAAGGCAACACGCUCCGAGUGUUUACCAGCUCAGACACCUGCAACAUCUGGUUUUGCAGCCUGGAUGUGUCUGCCAGAAGCCGAAUGGUGGUCACAGGCGACAAUGUGGGACACGUGAUUCUGCUGAACAUGGACGGCAGGGAGCUUUGGAAUCUGAGAAUGCACAAAAAGAAAGUGACCCAUGUGGCCCUGAACCCAUGCUGUGAUUGGCUCCUGGCCACAGCCUCUGUAGACCAAACAGUGAAAAUCUGGGACCUGCGCCAGGUUAAAGGGAAGUCCAGCUGCCUCCACACGCUGCUGCAUAGCCAUCCUGUCAACGCAGCUUGUUUCAGUCCUGACGGGGCCCAGCUCCUGACCACUGACCAGAAGAGUGAGCUCCGGGUUUACUCGGCCUCCCAGUGGGACUGCCCCCCGAGCCUGAUCCCACACCCUCACCGCCACUUCCAGCACCUGACGCCGAUCAAGGCAACCUGGCAUCCUCGGUACAACCUCAUUGUCGUGGGCCGAUACCCAGAUCCUAAUUUCAAAAGUUGUACCCCCCAUGAAUUAAGGACGAUUGAUGUAUUUGACGGAAGCUCAGGGAAGAUGAUGUAUCAGCUCUAUGACCCAGAAUCUUCUGGUAUCAUUUCGCUCAAUGAGUUCAAUCCCAUGGGGGACACGCUGGCCUCUGUGAUGGGUUAUCACAUUCUCAUUUGGAGCCAGGAAGCUGGGAUGCGGAAAUGAGACACAUUAAUGAAGGUGUGGGCCAAGCAAGGGCUUGGAGUCACCUGAGAACAAAUCCUGUGAGAAGAGGCGGCUAUGUGUUAAAGGGCCAAAGGUAUCCAAGUCUUAGGGUUGGAGCAGGGACACUGUGACAUGGGACACUGUGGGACUGGGACACUGGCAUGUUACUGCUCUGGACUUAGCUCCAGAAACUUCUCCAGAGUUGGGGCCUCAGGUGCCCCAAGGAUCCUUGCUAUUAUCUGGCCUGGAGCCAAGGUACUUUUCUUUGACGUGCAGUGGCAGAGUGAUCAGGUAGUGGUUUUCAGUAUGUGCUCACUAUUGACAUGGCCAAUAAAACCAUACCCAAUUGA